AUGGCCACUGUUCCACUUGGCUUCAACAUCGAUGCCCCGCGCUGGGACCAGAGCACCUUCGUGGGGCGCCUGAAGCAUUUCCUCAACAUCACCGACCCGCGGACAGUGCUGGUGCCAGAGGAGGAGCUGGACCGGGCCAAGGCCCUGGUGGAAGGCUGCAGGGCCGGACUGGUGCCACCAGGAAGCAGCCAGGAGCAGCUGCUCUAUGCCAAGAAGCUGUACGACUCAGCCUUCCACCCUGACAGCGGUGAGAAGAUGAACCUCAUCGGGAGGAUGUCCUUCCAGGUGCCAGGGGGCAUGGCCAUCACCGGCUGCAUGCUCCAGUUCUAUCGGACGGUGCCUGCUGUGGUUUUUUGGCAGUGGGUGAACCAGUCCUUCAAUGCCUUUGUCAACUACACCAACCGUAACGCUGCCGCCUCCAUCUCGCUGAGGCAAAUUGGUGUGGCUUAUGUCACGGCCACCGGUGCAGCCCUGGCCACCGCAGUGGGACUCAACCUCUACACCAAGCGAGCACCCCCCUUGCUGGCCCGCUGGGUCCCCUUCGCAGCUGUGGCUGCUGCCAACUGUAUCAAUAUCCCCAUGAUGCGGCAACAGGAGAUCAUCAAUGGGAUCACAGUGACAGAUGGGGACAACAACGAGCUUGGUCGCUCCAGGAGGGCAGCAGUGAAGGGCAUCGCACAGGUUGUGGUCUCCAGGAUCACCAUGGCAGCACCGGGCAUGAGUGAGUGUAAAGCAGGAGGGUGUGGGACUGGACCACGGACUCCCCUAGGACCCACUACUUUGCCUUCCCUUGCUUCAGUUUCCCCCACGAAGAAGAGGGAGGGUGGCACUGCAUCCCAGGUGUCAUUUGGUCUCAUCCCACAAAUGGAGCUGAUCUCCUUAUCCUGCCAUUCCAGUUGGAGUCCCCCAAGCCCCCAGGCUUCCUCAUCCCAACGCACAGCCUGUGGGGGACAUGGGGUGCUCUCAUGGCAGUUUGGCCCCACAAGGACACAUCUCAUGCUCUCUGGCCCUAGCCCCUCGCUCUGCAGCCCAGCAUCCCCUCACCUCAUGAGACCCUUGACAUGCCGCAGGCCGAGCAGGAGGGAUUGGGAGCAUGAGGAGCACAGACCAUGCUGCCUGGGUGAUGAAUGUGUGUGGGUUAAGGUCUUUGCUGUGAGCAAACACCCAGUGGCCCUCAGCACAACUAGCUGCUGCCAUGGCCUCCAGGUGGACAGUCCUGCUGGGAGAGCCCUGCAGGCUGACUUGCAGGGGGAGCCUGACCUUUUCUCUCUGUACCUAGUUAUUUUGCCCAUCAUCAUGGAGCGGCUGGAGAAAUUCACGUUCAUGCAGCGAAUCCGGGUUCUCCACGGGCCUCUGCAGGUGCUGCUCUGCGGGGGCUUCCUCCUGUUCAUGGUGCCAGCAGCCUGUGCCCUCUUCCCACAGAGAUGCUCCCUUGCGCUGGCUGACCUUGAGCUGGAGCUGCGUGACAGCAUUGUGGCCAAGCACGGGGACAAAGUGCCGUACGUCUAUUUUAACAAGGGACUGUGAAAGGAGAUCACCUCAGGAGCCAUCACACCCCUCCAGCCCCCUGCCACCGCCAGUACUGCAUCCCCUGAGCAGGGAUCAGAAGCACAGUCCAGCCAGAUCUGCUCCCCAGCCCAGCAUCUUCUCUGCUGCCUCCUUCCACUGGAGAAGCAGAAUCUGGCUCUGUGUGCCCAGCUUGCAGCACUUUGGCUUGUCCUGAGCCUCCCCCAUCUGCUGCUGGCUGUGUCCAUGCUUCCCCACAUGCCUCUUGCUUUGAGCAAUGCCUGUAUUUCCCGUGCCUUCCUCUGGCCCAGUGCAGGAGGAUCUGCCCACCCUGUCUGAGCCUUUUGUGGUCACUGGACUUGGCCCCACAAGGCAUCAGGCUCUCUCACUUGGAGCUCAAAGCACAGUUCUACCUCCAAAAGCAGUUGUCCUGCCAUUGUACCAGCAAUCAAACCACAUUCCUGCCUUAAACCUCCACAGUAGCCUCUUACCAAGACCUGGAUCAUGCCUUGGCAGGCAUGAAGGGACCCGUUGCCUCUGCACAGGGAGUAUCCCAAAGUCCAGAGGCCGGUGCUUGGACUAUGCCUUCCUUGCUGUCAGGUUCAGGUUUUAUUCACUUAGCAAUUGCCAUAAUCCAGGAAAGAAAUAGCUAAUGGUUUUUAAGCUCUAAUUUUUUCAUUCCUCUGAUCACAAAAGCCAGCCAUCACCCUUGUCCCACAUCUCACUGUCCCCACAGUAGGACCAUGGACCUGCAGCUUUGGGGGACAGUUGUCUCUGUGCCCCCUUGGAUGGGGGAAGGAGACACAGGUGUCACAGAAUCACACAAUUGUUAGGGACCCUCUGAAGAUCAUCUAGUCUGCCUAGGCAGAUGAUCUAGUGCCAAGGCAGGGUCACCUAUAGCAGGUGACACAGGAAGGCAUCCGGGUGGGUUUUGAAUAUCUCCAGAGAGGGACACUCUACAACCUGCCUGGGCAGCCUAUUCCAGUGCUCUACCACCCUCAGUGCACAGAAGUUCUUCCCCAUAUUGAAGUGGAACUUCUUGUCGUUUAGUUCAUGGGCAUUACUCCUUGUCUUGUCGCUGGGCACCACUGAAAAGAGCCUGGCACCAUCCUCAUGGCACCCGCCUUUGCAAUAUAUAUGCAUUGAUGAGAUCCUCUCUCAGUCUUCCCCAGACAGGCCCAGCUCCCACAGUUUCUCCUCACAGGAGAGAUGCCCCAGACCCCUCAUCAUCUUCAUGGCCUCUGCUGGACCCUCUCCAGUAGCUACUUGUCUUUCUUGUCACAGAGCUGUAUUAAUUUGGGCUCUGAAUACCAGCACUGCAAACAACAGAGGAAGGUUGAAAAAUAAAUGCAAUGAUUUUUAAAAAACA